ACCUCCCCCUCUCUACCCAGAGUCACUGCUGCAGCCGCCGCCAUUUUAGCGUUUUGUCAGAAGCGUCCGCGCCGCGAGGAAGAGCCUCUGCUGCUUUUCGUGCGGGCUGUGUCCGAGAUGGUGAAGCUGUUCAUUGGAAACCUGCCCCGGGAGGCCACAGAGCAGGAGAUCCGCUCACUCUUCGAGCAGUAUGGGAAGGUGCUGGAAUGUGACAUCAUUAAGAACUACGGCUUUGUGCACAUAGAGGACAAGACGGCGGCCGAGGAUGCCAUACGCAACCUGCACCACUACAAGCUGCACGGGGUGAACAUCAACGUGGAAGCCAGCAAGAAUAAGAGCAAGACAUCCACAAAGUUGCAUGUAGGCAACAUCAGUCCUACUUGUACCAACAAGGAGCUUCGGGCCAAGUUUGAGGAGUAUGGUCCAGUCAUUGAAUGUGACAUCGUGAAAGAUUAUGCCUUUGUACACAUGGAGCGCGCAGAGGAUGCAGUGGAGGCCAUCAGGGGCCUCGACAACACAGAGUUUCAAGGCAAACGAAUGCACGUGCAGUUGUCCACCAGCCGGCUUAGGACUGCGCCCGGGAUGGGAGACCAGAGCGGCUGCUAUCGGUGCGGGAAAGAGGGGCACUGGUCCAAAGAGUGUCCGGUAGAUCGUUCGGGCCGAGUGGCAGACUUUACCGAGCAAUAUAAUGAGCAAUAUGGAGCAGUGCGUACACCUUACGCCAUGAGCUAUGGGGAUUCAUUGUAUUACAACAACGCGUACGGAGCGCUCGAUGCCUACUACAAGCGCUGCCGUGCUGCCCGGUCCUAUGAGGCAGUGGCUGCUGCAGCUGCCUCUGCGUAUAAUUACGCAGAGCAGACCCUGUCCCAGCUGCCACAAGUCCAGAAUACAGCCAUGGCCAGUCACCUCACCUCCACCUCUCUCGAUCCCUACGAUAGACACCUGUUGCCGACUUCAGGAGCUGCUGCUGCUACAGCUGCUGCUGCUGCAGCAGCCGCUGCUGCUGUUACUGCAGCUUCCACUUCAUAUUACGGGCGCGAUCGGAGCCCCCUGCGUCGCGGCCCAGUCCCCACUGUUGGAGAGGGCUACGGUUACGGGCAUGAGAGUGAGUUGUCCCAAGCUUCGGCGGCCGCGCGGAAUUCCCUGUACGACAUGGCUCGGUAUGAGCGGGAGCAGUAUGCGGAUCGGGCGCGGUAUUCCGCCUUUUAAAGCUUGAGGUGGGAUGUGUGUGGGCUGAAAUUCCGAGCUGCGGUUGUGCAUGAGAAUACACCCUUCGUGGUACCCCAUCUCCCGGGACGUUCUCAGCUCUGUGCGUUCAGUCCCCCAGGAACCGUGGACCUUAAUUUACCUUGUUAAGUUCAGACCACCUCUUCUUUCCUCUCUCCUGCCCAUUUCCCUGUUCUUUCUGUCCUUCAAUACUUCUGUAGCUUCCCAUCAUGUUCUGUUCUCCCAGCAGGCCUCAUUGUGUGCAGAAACUGGUGGGGGUUGUGCUGUAUCCCCACCUCCUGCUUCCAGUGGGUGUUGUGAGAGUGUCACUGCUGAGUCUUUUUGACCCAAAGGCUUAUGGCAGAUAGACACAUAGCGUUGGAUCACUUUUUUCUUUCCGGUGAAAUAAAUGGUUUUUCAACUUA